GCGGCUUGGCGUGCGGAGCGGAGUGGAGCCACAGGCAGGCCACAGGCGCGCCAACGACGCGACGCGACGCGACGCCGCGGACGAACGCAAACGAACGACGACCGCUGUCGAGCGGCCUACGCGCCAGUAGGCCCCGCGACCAGCGACAAGUGGCGUGUGCAGUGCAGUGUGCGUGUGUGCGUGUGCAAGUGCAGUUGAGGGGGCUUCGAGGGAUGCAGCGCCCACGAUGGAUACGCCCAUGACGGAUACUUCGCACCGGCAGCGGCAGCGGACAGUCCUCAAGAUGUCCCGGGCCGUGCUGCUGGCCCUCGUGGCCGUCGCCGCGCUGGGCGGCGCCAGCGGCCAGUCCAACUACGCGAGCCAGGGCAACAGCGUGGAGUACGAGCCCAACUCCGGCCUCCCCGACCAGGCCACGCUCAACGGCAGGGUCACGAAGCUGGACGAUCUCUCGCCGGUCAUCUUCCUGAACCGCACCAAGGCGGUGCUCAACUGCGAGGCGGGCUCCAUGAAGGCCGAGCUCAAGUUCAACGAGCCCUUCUUCGGCAUCGUGUACGCCGACUUCGACCGCAACUCGGCCUGCCAGGUGGCCGGCAAGGGCGCGCUCAGCUACCGCAUCGAGCUGCCCCUCAAGGGCUGCGGCACGCGCCAGGACCCGCAGCGCGUGUUCACCAACAACAUCGUGGUGCGCUUCCACCCGGGCCUGGAGAUGGACGGCGACGAGGUCAUCACCAUCGUGUGCCGCUACCCGCCGCCCAUCGCCCAGCCGCCGGCGUUCUUCGCGCCCAUCAUCGAGACGCCGCCCGUGAUCCCGGUGGAGCCGCCGCUGCAGGGCUUCCAGAUCCUGCUCAUCAUCUGCGCCAUCCUGUUCCUGUCGCUGCUGCUGCUCGGCCUGGGCUGCUCGUACUACUGCCUGCGGAACAGGAACAUCCAGGUGGUGCGGCGCGCGCCCUUCGUGGCCGACACCGAAUCGGAGAGCUCCAAGUUGUCGAACCCUUCGCUGGGGCCGGUGUCCCUGUUCGAGGGCCUCAAGAUACCACGCGCGCACACCGCCGUGUCUCUGUCCAGCUCGGAGCAGCACCUGGUGUCCGAGCCCUCGGACACGCUGCCGUCGGACUACCCGAGCGAGUCCCCCAGCUCGGCGCACUCGGAAGUGGAGGAGGUGGAUACGCGGAGCCUGCGCAGGCCGUCCACCGUUAGCUCCGGCUCCUACGAACCGCACCACAAGAUGGAGGUCCAGAUGCGCGUCAAGCGCUCACCGCCGCCACCCUCGCCGCCCGGCUCGGACCUGGAGUCGCACCUCACCCUGCAGCAGGACAAGCUGACCACCAUCCUGGAGCAGCGCGAGGACACGCCGUCCAUCCACAAGACCACCUUCUCCUACGUGCCCGAGCUGCACCCGGUGCCCGGCGCGUCGGCGGCCGCGGCGGCCCCGGUGUACUCCCGCAUCACGCGGCGCCAGCAGGUUGUCCGCGCCGCGCCGCCGCCACCGCGCCCCAGCAUCUCCACGUUGACGACGGAGACGGCGGACCUGCGCACCAUCGUCGACACCCAGGAGAUCGAGACCGCCCAGCGCGUGGCCGUCGCGCCCCGGCUGCCGCCGCCCAUCGUCGAGGAGAUCGUGGAGCAGAUCGAGGCCCCCGUCGUGGCGGAGCGGCGACCCGAGAUCACCAGCCACGUCGUGGACGACGUCUUCCUGCGCACCAUCACGGAGAAGAGGACCAUCGAGGACAUCGAGCGACACCGCCGACAGGUGAAGGAGUUCCACGCCAAGCCGCCGCCGCCGAACCCCAAGUGGGACGUGGUGAUCCGCAACUACCCCGCGCCCGGACAGGAGCUGCUCCAGGAGCCGGCCACCGACUGGGAGAGCUACUCGGAGACGUCCUCCGCGUCCGGCUACCCGACCACGCCCGUGCUGGAGAGGCCCCUGGAGAAGCACAUCACGGAGAGGCGCAUCAACCAGCAGCACCUCACGGAGCACCUGCAGCAGCGCUCGGAGCUGCACCGCUCCAGCGUGGACGUGGAGAGGACGUACCGCUCCUCCAUGACCAUCCCGCCGCCGGAGCCGCCACCGCCCAACUGGGACGUGCUGAUCCGCGUGCUCGACCAGCCCGAGCCGCCAGAACCGCGCGACGGCGACGACCUCAGCGUCAGCGAGGUUGGCGAGGAGCCCAUCAGCUCCCCGAUGACGACGACAACGACGACGGCGCUGACCCAGGAGGACCGAAAGUGGCGCCAGAUCCUGACGACCGAGUCCUCGCUCCGGACGCUGCUCACGGAGGCUACCAUCAAGGAGGACUACGAGCGCAUCCGCCGCGACGAGCGGUACGAGCGCCUGUUCGAGCCCGCCAAGUGGGACGUCAUCAUCCGCGUGCUCGCGCCGCCGGAGCGGCUUUACGACCCGAAGGGCGGCCCCGCCAACGGACAGCGCUACCGCCGCAAGGCCGACUGGGACACGCGCAGCAGGCGGUCCUCGCUGCCCACGCUGUACGAGUACGACUCGGACGCCACCAGCUCGCUGACGAUGACCACGGAGCACGACGGCCACGAGGGCGGCGCCAUGAGCGGCCUGGACCUGGCGCGGUCGCGGCGCACCAGCCGCUCCAGCAUGCCGUCCAUGUCGGACAUGGACGUGCGCUCCAUGACGGAGGUCAUGGUGGACUACACGCGGCCGGAGCGCGCCGACACGCUGAGCGACGCGAGCGGCCCGUCGUCGCUGUACUACCGCGGUGGGCCCGCCUCGGCGUCGCGGCGCUUCUACGACGAAGAGGACGCCAUGGAGGACGACUACGGCACGCUGGGGCUGGCGCGCUCGCUCAGCCAGCCGUCCCUGGCGCGCUCCGCCUCCGAGUUCACCGAGCACUGGGCCGUGGUGCGUGGCCAGUCACCGUCGCCGACGUCCCCGCGGUCGUCGGCGCGGUCCACGCGGUCUAGCCGAGGCCGCGGACCCGCGCCCCUGCCGCCCGGACACACCGCCUCGACCUCGACCACCACGACCGCCGUGGUGCACCAGGCCGCCGAGCAGGGCGCGGCCAGGUCGCAGUCGCAGUACCAGACUAGGUCGUCGUACGUGGCGCAACGCGGCUGGUUCAGCGAGCAGUGAGGCAGUGAGUCGCUGGCAGUGACCGCCAGGCUCGCCUCGCCGCCAGGGAAGCCCCCGCCCCCGCCUCCCUGCCACGGCCAUAGAGUUCACGCGACAGGCUGGUGCUUCGGAGGGCUGCUGCUACCCGAGGCCCUGAGUCUACGAACCAAAUUUGGCCUUUUCGCAUUGUACUUUUGUAUUUUUCUUAAUGUCGAGUUUUCUUGCAUCUCUCGUUGUUCGUUUGUUUUGGGCCUCAGGUAGCGGCUUUCUUUACAACGCGGCAUUUGACUGAUAUAUGUAUAUGUGACCCCGCGUUCGUGUCAAUUCCUUCUUUCCUCGCCUCGAUUUGCAAUAAUUGGAAAAGGAAUGUCACAAGACUUAAUUCUUUACUAAGACCAAGUUUUAUUGAAUGAAAUGUCUCACAAUUUACUAAUCCAUGUGCCAAAUUUAACAUUUAUUAAUUGAUAAGUUAAAGCGUUCAACCCAUUGAUAAUUUGACUUUUGCUACUCGUUAAAACAAUUGAGUGAGGAUCUUUUUUAUCAGACAAUCUCAACAUUCUUCCGCGCUUAUCCUUUUGUUUCCCUGUUCUCAAGAGGAGAACCAUUUGAACAAUGAGAGUUUAAUCUAUUUAUAUAAGCUGCACAGGGUAAUAUUUUUGAAGACUCUUUGCAGUUACUGUAACAAAUGCUGUGAUAACGACAAAUGAUUUGGAAUGGAUAUGUCAAGCGAAAGUGCUAUGCUGCAAGGGGGAAACUUCUUUUUUAAGAUCACGGUCCCUCCCCAGCAGCUCCAAGAAUUCUGAUUCUCUACGCCAGAGACUUGUUCCGUUUAAAAAAAGGAGAAAAAGAAACAUGCAAGAACACAUCCAUUCCUUAUGUUAUUGACUAGUUUAUGCGUUUACUCUAAAAUUGUGAAUGUAGCUCUAUAGCGAGAGGUUUACCCUUCUCAACCUUUGCUUCCACAUAAUGUGGUAGGAGCCACAUUAUUCUGGAGUUCACCUAAAUUUUCAUUUAUCCACUCAAACUUUGUAAAUAGAAAUUAAGUUAAUGUAGUGAGAUUCGUGAAGACUAAUUUUAGAGGUAAAAAGAGUGGAACUGGAGAUUUAGGUGUUUCUAUUGUGCAAAGAAAAUGUUCUCGAUUAAAUUUAUGGAUGAAA